AUCACACUAUAGAGUCCACACACCCCUAUCUCUAAUUACGCAAGCACUCUCCAUCUCUCUCUCUCCCUCUCUGUGCAAGCUUUCUCUUGGAAACAAGAAUGGAUUCUUCCUGGCCGGAAGUUGUGAUCUUCGACGUAGAGACGAUCAUAGAAACGGAAGCCAUCAUAGAAUUCGGGGCCAUAAUCGUAUGCCCACAAACGCUGGUCGAGAAAGAGUACUUCUCUUCUCUGGUUCGGCCCCGACACGACUGGGAGUUCGGAGAAUUCGAAGAACGAAGUAAUGGACUCAGAAGAGAAGAUAUCAUUUCCUCCAACAUCUCCUUCUCGGACAUCGCUCACACCGUCUAUGACAUGCUUAACGGAAGAAUUUGGGUAGGCCACAACAUCAAGAACUUCGACCGUGGAAUUGUUGAGGACGCGUUCCACGAAAUCCGGCGGCCGCUGCCAGAACCCUUGGACGUAAUCGACACGUUGGAGUUGUGCGAGAAGUUUAGAGGGGAAGUUGACAAUCUAGCGAUGGCAACACUUGCAGAAUACUUUGGUCUCGGAGAGCAAACACAUAGGAGCUUAGAUGAUGUGCGGUUGAAUCUCCGGCUAUUCCAACGCUGCGUCGAGGUUUUCUACCUGACGGAGUUCUCAAACCUCUUGAUGAGGGCUGUGAAUAACAACGGCGUUCCAAGGUUUUUAGACCCUGGAGAGGAUUCCAUUCAUACGCUCAGAGCUCAUUGCGACUCCUGUGAUUCUUUGGAUCAAGUAGGAGAUGUGUAUUUGCCAAUCUCUUGUGCUUCUCUGAACGUGAGGUGGGGGAUCGAACCAAUAAGGUUCUGGGACGACAACGGCCGCCCGAAGCUGAGCUUCGUGGUCAACGCACCGGGCAGCCUGAGCACGAUGCUAGAAGAAUGCGAUCGGAUGGUGGAAGGGUUGUUUAGGAAAUUCGGGAUCAACUCCAAGUGGACAAAAGUCGUGGACAGAGGAAGGAACUCCCCCGCAGUAAGGUUGCGCAUCACAAAUACAGCAAGCAAGCAGACGAUAGUAUGCAAGAGGAUAGAUUCGGGAAAAACAAAAAGGCUCGUCUUCGAUGAGAGCAAGCUCGGGACACUCAUCACUCCAAGCACCCAGUUGGACGCCUACUUCUUCUUGGAACCCUACGACUAUCAAGGGUUCGCUGGUAUUAGAUUAGUGGCUCAUAAGUUGGUCAUGGAUCCCUAGUUUCCAACUGGCGUCGGACAUCCCCAACGACGUGAAUGAAGAACAGUACGUCUAUACUAUAGUAUCUCUAUGGAGAUGUUGGAGAGUAUGGUGUGCAGAGAGUGUGUAUCAGGGAAUCACUAUAAUAUGUAUACAGGCGAAGCUGCUGAUGACAUUUUAAGACUUUGCAUAAUAUUAACUUGUUGAGAUGUUUUCCUCUGUUA